GAGCCGAGGAAGACGCUCCGAUAACCCGUGCGUUUCGUAAGGCUCGGAGCACUUGUACAUUUCUGCAGGCGCGCAGCGAGCCAUUCGCGGCGGCUGCUGCAGCUCCGACUGCAUCUUCCUUCUCCUUCCUUCAGCUCUGGGUGUGUGUAUGUGUGAGUGUGUGUGUGUUUUGCAGGUGUGUCCGUUUUAAUUCUGCUCAGUAGGUGGGACUUGGUGACUUUAGCACCAUUUUUCCUUUUCCUUUCCCCCCCUUUUUAUUAUUAUUAUUUUUGCCUUCCCACCGUCUGUUGCAACCCGGCAAAGUCUUGGAGUCGGAGAGCGCGCCUCGCUUCCAGAGCCCCUGGACCCGACAAACCGGCGAGCGCCGAGCCGGCCACCAUGCCCGGCAGACCGCGCCACUAGGCGCUCCCCGCGGCUCCCACCCGGCGGCGGCGGCGGCGGCGGCGGCGGCGGCGGCGGCGGCCGCGAUGGUUUCAGACGCUGAAGGAUUUUGCAUCUGAUCGCUCGGCGUUUCAAAGGCAGAGGCCCCCCUCCCCCUUCCCCCCUCCCUCGCCGUCUUUGUUUCCUUCCCCCCCUGCUCUCCCCACUCCCCCCACCCCACCCCCCUCUCCUCUCCUCCUCCUCUUUUUUAGAAGCAGCGAUCGGAGAUGGAUGUCUCUCUUUGCCCAGCCAAGUGUAGUUUCUGGCGGAUUUUCUUGCUGGGAAGCGUCUGGCUGGACUAUGUGGGCUCCGUGCUGGCUUGCCCUGCAAAUUGUGUCUGCAGCAAGACUGAGAUCAAUUGCCGGCGGCCGGACGAUGGGAACCUCUUCCCCCUCCUGGAAGGGCAGGAUUCAGGGAACAGCAAUGGGAACGCCAGCAUCAACAUCACGGACAUCUCAAGGAAUAUCACUUCCAUACACAUAGAGAACUGGCGCAGCCUGCACACGCUCAACGCUGUGGACAUGGAGCUCUACACCGGACUCCAAAAGCUGACCAUCAAGAAUUCAGGACUCCGGAGCAUCCAGCCCAGGGCCUUUGCCAAGAACCCCCACUUGCGCUAUAUAAACCUGUCGAGCAACCGGCUCACCACGCUCUCGUGGCAGCUCUUCCAGACGCUGAGUCUUCGGGAAUUGAGAUUGGAGCAGAACUUCUUCAACUGCAGCUGUGACAUCCGCUGGAUGCAGCUGUGGCAGGAGCAGGGGGAGGCCAGGCUCAACAGCCAGAAUCUCUACUGCAUCAACGCUGAUGGCUCCCAGCUCCCCCUCUUCCGCAUGAACAUCAGUCAAUGUGACCUUCCUGAGAUCAGUGUGAGCCAUGUCAACCUUACCGUCCGAGAGGGUGACAACGCUGUUAUCACUUGCAAUGGCUCUGGAUCGCCCUUGCCUGAUGUGGACUGGAUAGUCACAGGGCUGCAGUCCAUCAACACCCACCAGACAAAUCUGAAUUGGACCAAUGUACAUGCCAUCAACUUGACACUGGUGAAUGUGACGAGCGAAGACAAUGGCUUCACCCUGACAUGCAUUGCAGAGAACGUGGUGGGCAUGAGCAACGCCAGUGUUGCCCUCACUGUCUACUACCCCCCACGUGUGGUGAGCCUAGAGGAGCCCGAGCUGCGUCUGGAGCAUUGCAUCGAGUUCGUGGUGCGCGGGAACCCGCCGCCAACGCUGCACUGGCUGCAUAAUGGGCAGCCGCUGAGGGAGUCCAAGAUCAUCCACGUGGAGUACUACCAGGAGGGCGAGGUCUCUGAGGGCUGCCUGCUCUUCAACAAGCCCACCCACUACAAUAAUGGAAACUACACCCUUAUUGCUAAAAACCCACUGGGCACAGCCAACCAGACCAUCAAUGGCCACUUCCUCAAGGAGCCUUUUCCAGAAAGCACAGAUAUCUUUGACUUUGACUCUGAAGUAAGCCCUACACCUCCUAUCACUGUGACCCACAAACCAGAGGAGGACACUUUUGGGGUGUCCAUUGCGGUUGGACUUGCUGCGUUUGCCUGUGUCCUUUUGGUGGUUCUCUUUAUUAUGAUCAACAAAUAUGGUCGACGGUCCAAAUUUGGAAUGAAGGGUCCCGUGGCUGUCAUCAGUGGUGAAGAGGACUCUGCCAGCCCACUGCACCACAUCAACCACGGCAUCACCACACCCUCAUCGCUGGACGCUGGGCCUGACACCGUGGUCAUUGGCAUGACCCGCAUUCCAGUCAUUGAGAACCCUCAGUACUUCCGUCAGGGACACAACUGCCACAAGCCAGACACGUAUGUGCAGCACAUCAAGAGAAGGGACAUAGUGUUGAAGCGAGAACUGGGCGAGGGAGCCUUUGGAAAGGUCUUCCUGGCCGAGUGCUACAACCUCAGCCCAACCAAGGACAAGAUGCUGGUGGCAGUGAAGGCCCUGAAGGACCCCACCCUGGCUGCCCGGAAAGAUUUCCAGAGGGAGGCCGAGCUGCUCACCAACCUGCAACAUGAACACAUUGUCAAGUUUUAUGGGGUGUGUGGCGAUGGGGACCCCCUCAUCAUGGUGUUUGAGUAUAUGAAGCAUGGGGACCUGAACAAAUUCCUCAGGGCCCACGGGCCAGAUGCCAUGAUCCUUGUGGAUGGGCAGCCACGCCAAGCCAAGGGUGAGCUGGGGCUCUCCCAAAUGCUCCAUAUUGCCAGUCAGAUUGCCUCAGGAAUGGUGUACUUGGCCUCCCAGCACUUCGUACACAGGGACCUGGCCACCAGGAAUUGUCUGGUUGGAGCCAACCUGCUGGUGAAGAUUGGAGACUUUGGCAUGUCCAGAGAUGUCUACAGCACCGAUUACUACAGGGAAGGGCCAUGCCAGAAGGGCUCCUUCAGCGUGUCGUGGCAGCGGCAGAGGCUCGCAGCACCGGCAGCUUCCACACUCUUUAAUCCAUCUGGAAAUGAUUUUUGUAUAUGGUGUGAGGUGGGAGGACACACUAUGCUCCCCAUCCGCUGGAUGCCUCCUGAAAGCAUCAUGUACCGCAAGUUCACCACAGAGAGCGAUGUGUGGAGCUUCGGGGUGAUCCUUUGGGAGAUCUUCACCUAUGGAAAACAGCCAUGGUUUCAGCUCUCAAACACAGAGGUCAUUGAGUGCAUUACCCAAGGUCGUGUCUUGGAGAGGCCCCGAGUGUGCCCCAAAGAGGUGUAUGACAUCAUGCUAGGGUGCUGGCAGAGGGAACCACAGCAGCGGCUGAACAUCAAGGAGAUCUACAAAAUCCUCCAUGCUUUGGGGAAGGCCACACCAAUCUACCUGGACAUUCUCGGCUAGUGGUGGCUAGUGGUCAAGAAUUCAUACUCUGUUGCCUCCUCUCUCCCUGCCUCACAUCUCCCUUUACCACCUCACGAUUCCUUUCUUCCAUCCUUGACUGAAGCGAACAUCUUCAUAUAAACUCAAGUGCCUGCUACACAUACAACACUGAAAAAAGAAAAAAAAAGAAAGAAAAAGAAAGAGGAAAGAAAGAAGAAAGAAAAAAAUCUUGUAAGGCAGUUUGGCAUAUAUAUAUAUUUAUAUAUCUAAUUAUCUAUCUAUAUCUACAGAGAAAUAAAUACCUUCUCUAAUACAGAGAGAAGCUGCUGAUACAGAAAACUAUUAAGACUUUGACAACUCAGAAAAUCUUAAAUAUUAUUAACGCAAAUGAAAAUUCCCUUGACUUAAGCUGUGGCCGGUACUUCUUCAGCUCUGGCUUUUUGGAGCAGGAGACCUGGACCAUGUAGAAAGACAAUCUUCGCUUUGGGAUGGGAGGAGCCAGGGUGGAAUCAAUCACUGCUGCACAUGCUGUGUUACUCCUGUAGCUCAGUACAGGUGCAUGUGCAGACUAUACCAACUGUGCUCAGCAAGGAAAUGACACUGGAAGACCAGGGCCCUUAGUCGGCCCUGCCCUUUACCUCUAUGUCCUUACCCCCUUUCCACCACUUGAGGACAGUUUUCUGACAUGUCCAUUCUACAAAGUAUAGUCCUGAUGCUUUUGGGAAUCAAUGAUGAUGCCUACGGGUAAACACUAAACACACACCUUCCCUACAAAACCAUAGCAAGAGCAGACUACAUCCAACUUGGAUGUAAAGCAUGCUCAAGUUCCUUCCUAUAUUUGAAAGGGAUGUGUCAAUCUAUCCCCUGAACUUAAAGAACUGAACUUUCUGGACUUAACCAUAGAAGGGAAAAAAUAGAAAAACAAAACAGCUAAAACCUGAACCCUGAAAAGGCACUGCCACCAGUCUUUCCAUCACUGGAAAGACUCCUUGACCCCACAUCUGGUUUUCAGGCCCUUGGGCAGUUUUGCAGAUUAGGAAACAGGUUCCCUGUGUUGUCUGCUAAUGUGGACACAACAGGCUUCAGGGUUCCAAUAGCAAGAGACUUAGUUGCCCGUAGGCCAUUAUUAGGUAUGCCCCCUGGGUCCUCUCUGUUUUUCCUCUAGCUUUGCCAGCUCCUAACCCCCACCUCCUAGGCUUUUCACUAAAUCCUGGGUGAACCCCACUGCCAGGGAAGGAAUCCAGGUUUAGUGAGAGCCUGGGGCAGUGCUGUGUUCCAGGGAGGCCAGGCAGUGGCAUGGGCAAGAGCCAGCAGGGAAGAAUCCACUUGGCACCUGCACUCAGCCCUUGGCAUGCUCCUCACGUUUCCAGCCCCUGGAAGGAUUGAUGCAUCUGCCUUUGAGCUGUUGUGAAAAGGCAAGGACUGAGAAAUCGCUUUUGUGGGCUGGGGGUGAGGGGAGGGGCUGAAGCUUCUCUGGGAGAUGUCCAAUGAGUGGCCAGUGCCACUAGCUUGGCAUCUUAAUGAGGACUGGGCUCUAACCAGGGAGUGAAAAUGAAGCAUCUGGACUGGGGCCAGCUCCCUCUGCCCCAGCACCAGGGGAAUCACUGCCUUCCAGGAUGCUGCCAAGGACUGCACCAGAGCAGAUCUCUGGGCCUCCCUGACACAUGACAACAAAAUGCCCAUAGAAGUCAACAGCCUAGCUGCACAGAGCCCUCCUGCUGGGGAGGAGAGAAUGUGCCCCUCUGGAGGAAUCUGGCUUCUCCACCUUAUCCCAAGCACAGAGCUACCUAAUGGACUGACCUUUUCCUGACUGAAGCCUCCCAGGAGCCUCUGACUUGUCCUUUUCCUUGCCCACUGAAAGGACUAUAUGCAACCUGGACACCCUGGUCAGCUGAAGGCAGCUGAAGUGUGGGCAUUCUUGGUGGGGACUGAAUUAUGUGUUUGCGGCUUUGCUUCUUUUUUUAGACCCACAAAUGUUUUUAUUCAAAUAGAAAAGAGCUGUGCUCAGAUGGUAGCCACGGUUGGGAUUCAGGAAUCAGUAAGGCUGCUCAGCUGGACUGGGAAAAGAACUCAGUAAACUGGGAGUUCAGUAUAGGUCUUCUUGCUGUGCUGUGUGCCUAGCCCCUGAGGACUUUGGGGAAAAGCUCUUUAAAUUGACCAUCUCAAAAGAAUCUUUCGUUAUCCUAUAACAAUUACUUCUCUUAUUGUUCUACUAAUUGCUCCACGUGAAGCCCUUGGUCAGUGCUGGGACUGUGAAUGAUGGAUGGAACUGCACAGUCUGGUUUUGAUUGGGGUAACUAAGGGAAAGGUGUCUAGGGAGGGAAUGACCUGGGAUGGGGGUGGCGCUAGGGAAAAGUAUCUACUGGGGAGAAGAGAUGCUCCAAGGCUCCUCUUGCUGCUCUUUUCCCAUAUCCUUCCCUGAGCAGACACAGUGUGGCUUUGAUCGUUGGGACUGUGUGUUUCUAGAGCCUCAGAGUCACUAACUGGCUGAGAAUAAGGGGCAAAGGAAAUGGGUUGGCUGGUGGACAAUGAGGAGUGUGCUAGCAUUUUAACUCAGUGCACUGAGUUGUGGCCAAGUGAAAGAAGCCAAUUCCUUGGAGAACAAGGAGCGUGGAAGGAUACCCAACUUGUAGGCUCGCCCUUGUCUUAAUCCAUGGGCUUCCAUAUUGACACUGGGGUCCUGUGUUUGCUGUGCCCCUCCAUAAACAUCUACUGAUGGGAGAGUACAAGAGAGACUGGUGGAGACCGGGACUUAGGGAAGACAUCACUAUCUUACUACCCUUCUGUCCUCUCUGUGUAGAGUAUACUUUAAUGUUAACCUUGACAGGUUAAAAAAAAAAGAGAGAGAAGAAGAAAAAGAAGAAAAAUUCAAGAUGGAAGGAGACAGAGAAUAGGUCUUAUGGAAAUUGGGCACUCGGGGGUUCUGGGGGUGUGCAGAGUGCAUUGUUUCUCCCGUACCGGGGCAGAACCAAUAAGACUCAGUUCACUGUGUCUGCAAAGUGAGGAGUACCCUGGCUAAUCUGUGGCCUGCUUCUAGCACUGAUUUCUUAGAUUCUAAUAGUGUUGAGUUGAUGGGUCAGUUUUUCCUCAGCAUUACUCUGGAAUCCUGGCCCUUACAUGGUGGGGAGGAGUUGCCUCUGAGGACACUCUAAGCCUGAGCUGGGUGGAUUUCUAGAAGAGAAGCAUCUCCUUUAUUGCACCCAUAUCAUAACAAGUGAGAGUCUGAAGUUUUUCUGAGACUACUCUCAACUCUGGGGAAACAUUUGGUCUCCUUUCCCAUCCUAGCCUUCUACAUAAUAGAAAAUCAAUAUUGAAGGUUUAUUUAUUUAUUUAUUUAUUUUUGAAGAACCUAAUGUGGUUAAAGGAGUCUUGAAAUGAUAUCCCAUCAACCAAUGUCGACUCUCUUGUCUACUUCAUCCUCCUCCUCUAUACCCAAAUCUACACUUUAAAAGACCAUGCCAGACCAACUCUAUCAGCUUAGUUUGAAGCCAGCUUCAUUGUAACUCUUGGUGAAUGUUCCAGGAAGCCCAAGCUGAUCAUCCUGCAGUGCCAUCUUAAUCUGGUCUCCUCCUGAACUGAGUAAAAGUGACUUGUUGUUGGAGGUCCACUUUGGAGCAGCAUGCCAUGACCAAGGGUCCCCUCAAGAACCAAAUACUGCUCUCUAGAUCAUGGAACUGUGAGUGGACCUUGGGGGGUCACUAAGUCUCCUCAAGUCAAUAGACAAAGGACUUGGUGCUUCCUCUGUCAGCUCAUCAUGCACAUGUUAUCCCUGAAAAGAAGCUUCCCACUGGAGGUAAAGGGUCCCUAGUCCUUCUGUGUUCAGGUUGAACAUUAAUGUUCUUCCCUGGUGAUACCUACUUUGCGGAAUACACUAGUGCAAGUAUUUCUGGUGCUAAACACUACAGAAACCAAUACCAACAGAAGAGUUCUCAGUCAGUUUCUGGGGCCAUGUGAAACUUCACUUAGAAGAGAAUAAUCAGUCAGUCAUGCCAAGAGAGUACAGAAUACAUCAGAAAGACUUGGCUUUAUUCUGAGUUAUCCAGGAGACUUUGGCUACAUCAGCUGAUUUCUCAGAUUACCAAAUUUCCCAUCUGAGACAUUUAAGAAAUUGAAAUAGAUAUACUUAGGGUCCAUUUCAAUUUUUUUAAAAAAUGUGGUUCUAUUUGCUUCUUCUAUUUAGAGAUUGUCAGAAAUAAGAGAGAAAGUGAAAGACAAGAAGGGAGAGGAAGAAGAAAAAUCACCAGUAGCGAGAAAUUGAUUAUAGAAGGCAAGUAGAAAAGGUUCAGUGACUCAUAGAUUUGAGGGAUAUUGAGAGGAAUAGCCACGCAUACAAGCCAUGACCCAGUGUUUAUACUUGGCAAGUGAAACCACCUUGCACCUGAUGCACCUCUUUCCACUCCACACUGGCAUGCCCAAAAUUGGCAGAAACUAUUCUAAGAUAUGAAGACAGUCCUGCUUACCUUUCAUGUAACCACUAGCAAUCUCAACUCUUUUGUCAAGAACAAAGAGAUUUUUAUCUUUAAAUGCUAAUUGUAAAGGAUUAAGAUACUGGGAAGAGAGUGGGGUUGAAGUUACUGCCUCUUUAACCCAAGUUUUUUUCAUUCGGGAAUGAACUAAUGGCUUCCAUGCUCUUCUUUUCUGAACCAAGCAACAGCAGUAUGGUCUUCACUCUGAGAUCUAGUUAUUUUAAUGAAAAAUCUUGAGAUCUGGGGUCUUUCCAGUGCUUUUCUGAGAGUCCGGAGCAUGGAAAUGUCUAUAGAUGAUUAUUGAAUAGGCCCAUAUGCCAGCAAUCCAGAAAACUGCCUUCAGAUGCCUCUGAGAUGCCUAUUGUCUGCUUUGGUUAGGAACCAACUGCUAGAAUACCCAAUGGUAUUUGUCUUGGAGCAAAAAAUGGCAUCAUUAGUGUAGGUAUUGAGGGCUGUAGUCAUUGUGCUUUUGGUUCCUCAAGUUCUGCUGCCUCUUGGAUUCCAAAUAAAUUCUUUCAGCCAAUGUGUAAUAAGUUUUAAAAGGAAAUUCCAAACUUUUGCAUCAGUAUUAAUACAUCAAGAUAGGCUUAGAAAAUGUUGAGAUUGCUUGAAAAUUACUGGGAGUAUCUUCUUAAGGGAAAUAUAGGCAUAAAUACAUUGUAUACUUAUAUGUAUGUAUUUGAUACCUUCAAAGAAGGCCUUCCUGGAGUCAGAAAACUGAUUCCAAUUUGGGGUUCUCCAUGCACCUGACAUUUCUUGGAAAUGAGAAAUUCAGAAUCAUUCAGAAAGGUUCUGUUGGGAAGUCUGUCAACUCAUAAAGUUUGAUCAUUUGGGGCUCCCUGCAUUACAUUAUAUUGACAUCAACAUUCUGAGCAUCUGAAAAUCAUUCUUCCUGGUUGUCUGAUGAUCACCUCACAGGAAUCAUUUUUAUUGCAUCUUGACUGGAGGUUGGUAUUGACAUCACCAGCACUGCAGAUGAGAGGACAGAGAGACUGUGAAAUGUUGAUAAUGAUCAUGGCAAUCUCUGAAAGGCAUCACUUCCAUGUUGGAUACAGUGAAUAUUUGUGUGAGUGUAUUGAAUGUUAGGACUUGUGCUCUGCACAUGGGCUGCUAUACCCUAGGGACCUGAAUCUUGGCUUCUGUUUGUCUGGUGCAUUCUCCCCAAACACAGUUUUUUUUUUUUUGACUGCCUAUAAAAUAGUUAUACUUUGCCACAGUAAAUGUCUGUGGCCCAAGUCUCAGUGUGCCAAUGUAGACACUUUUCUGUGAGCUCUGUGCAGAUAGAGGGCUCCUUCAGAGUUCUUGAAAUUCUUUUUUAUUCAGUUUUUUAAAAUUUGUAUUUUACUUUUUAAUGUAACUAUAUUCAAUACUUUUUUUGCAUUGACCUAUAAUUUUAUUUUAUUUUUUAUUAUUUAUAUAUUUUUUAAUUUUUUACAGACUACAUUUUGAUUCAUAGUACACAAGUAAUGAGAUUCAGAUUUCCCUUCCUUUAAGUGAAAUACUAAAUUCCAAGUUUUAAACAAGGCCUGGUUUAAUAUUUGCUGUAGGAGAUGAUGUCUUAAGCUAGCGAGGUAGGCUCUCUCCCUUUCAUUAAGAGUCAGAAGAGUAACUUCUCUUAAUGUUUCGUAAUCACCAAGGAGUCCAUUGCUUUGUGUGUGGCACAUGAUCCAAGUUCAUAGCUUGUAAGAGAUGCUUUUAGCUGACAAAGAUUCCUAAUAAAAGACACAUCAGGAUAAUAUGGACUAGAAAAGGCAGACUGAAUAUGUGCUCUGAGGAGCACAUAGAUCUUGCUUUUUCAUUUAGCACUAAUAAGAGAAUUUGUUUUCCUCUUAUUUGAGGUAAUCAUAAAUUGAGCCCUUUCUGCAAAGACAAAGGUAGGUUGACAGCUCAGAUAGCUACUGUGUAUUCUGACAUUCUUUUGGAUGCAACAUUCCCUAUACCCAGUGAGAAAUAGGAAUUUUCAGACCUAAAUCUGGUAAUUAUUCUUUCAUUUAAGAAGAAUUCAUGGAAGUUACCUUUAAAAUACUAGUUUUGUAAUAUGUUCAAUGAUAGGACAUAUUCCCUUUUUUUUCUUGGAUAUCUGUCCAUAUUCUAUGUCCAUUUAACAGUUACCUGAUAUUUACCAGGUCCCUGGAGACCUACCUCUGGAAUGAAAAACUAAACCUGGUUGAUUUCUGCUGUCCAUAGUAGAGAAAUAAAUUUCAGUAAAGAUUUUCUUUCAUUUUUCUUUUUACUUUUUCAUUUCUUUAGUUCUUAUCCUCCUGCUUCUAUGGGACAGACAAUCCAGCUUCUCAAACUCUGUAAAAGUCUUUAAUACGAGGUGAAUCCCAGGACCACAAACAGUUUGGACUUCAAACAGUGAGAAAAUUGGCGCCGAAUGAUUCGGCACACAAAGCAGAAAACUUUCAUUUCCUUCAGGCAGGAUGGAAUUGACUGUUAUAUUAAGACUUCUGAAGGAGCCCUGCCCUGGAGUAAUUUCAGUGCUGUCAGACAAUGUUGACAUCUAGAUUAACCUCUGUGCAGUGAAAUUUACUGCAAGACUCAUUGAGAUGCAUAUGGCAGGUCUCUGUAAAUCCCACCUAGAGCCCUUGGUGGCCCACCCUCAGCAACCCCCGACUCCCUUCCCCACCCACCACUCUCACAGUCCAUGAACUUCUAGCCUCCAGGAGAGAGGAGCCACAGCUGGGGUCAACCCUAAGAGAGGGAGCUUUGACCUUUCUCUGACCAUGGUGCUGAGCCAGGCUUUGCUGCUUGGUUAGAGUGACAGUGGUUGUCAUCAUAUGAGUUUUCCCCUGAGGGGACUGUAAAACCCCUCCUCCAAUGACAAACAGUUUUGCAGCAUCUCUUGAUGCUGCAAAAAGUGAUGAAAUGGUUUAUAAAGAAUUAGUGUGCUGUAGGUCAGUUAGCUCCACUCUGGACCCCCCCAUCUUCCAGGGCUUCAAGGUUUGAAUGCAUCAAGGUCAUGACCAAAGCCAGGUGGGGCAAGAGGAUGCUGAUAGACAAAGACCUUGUCCUUUGGGCAGGCUUUUCCUUUGACCCUUGCAGGAGAGGCAGCCCCAUCUCCUCUAACUCCUGGUUGUGACAAAGGAUGUAGCUGUCCUCUGAGCACUAACUUGUGUUUUCUCCUUAAGGGAUGAUGGGCUCCAGAAUGAAUCAAACCCCUUCUAAUUUACUGUGUGAUGCCACAUUAAGGUGUAACAGCCAGAUGAAACUUCAAAGCUGAGAUCAUGACUUCUCUGAAAACAUAGGCCUUUACUUACAUCAAAAAUUUUGAGAAAAGGCCUUCAGCUUAGCAUCAGCACCUUCAGACUCAGUGCAGUUGCUCAACAUGAUCACAGACAACUUUGAAAAUUUACCUCAGGAUUUUAGAACAGUUUACCCAAAAGUCUGGAGAACAAAUUUCUCUGAAGUUUUGCUUCUUCUGAUUCUCUUUCAAAUUACUUUUCCUACUUUGCUACUUGUUUUUAAUCUGAGUAACAAGAUUCUCCUUGAAUAUUCUUAGAUUUUUCCUUAGAAGAAUUGGAAAUUUCCAGCCAAGGACAUUGUGUUCAUUGACUGGGAAAAUGGAUUCGGGACGAAGUAACUUAGGCAGUCUUGACUGUUUAAGAACAAUUAUCAGAGUUGUGUUUUAUUUUAGAUUCUCAAACUCACAUAGAACAAACUACAUUCAUCUCUUUAAUUUAUAUUAUGAUACUUGUUUACAUGUAUAUGCACACAUUCAUACAUACAAAUGCUUCAGUGAUUCUAUUGGUAUACAAACCACAAUAUCCCAUGUGUGUUGCUUCUAUUGAUCUCUGUGUGCAUGCAUGCGCAAGUAAGUGUGCACCACCUGUGAGGUUUCUUAAGUAACUGCAACUCACCAUACCUUUUAUGAUCAAUAUACAAUAUACAGCCUUUCACUUUCUGCACUUUGUAUUGUUUACAAAGCUUUUUUUUUUUAGACAAAUUCCUGACUUUCUCAAAAUCUUCAUAUUUAAAGGCAGGACUACUGUUAUUUAUUUAUUUUUUUCAGAAACAAAAACUAAACCAAACUGAGCCUUGAUUCAGAUUUUAUUUAAUUAAUUUUCUGGGGAGGGAAAAGGCAAUGAAUUUCUGCCUGCAUAAUAAAUAUCAUGUGCAAAUAUAAAUGUGAAUUAGUUUAAGCCACUUGGUGAGCCUGACUUUGGAGUAAAACAGUCAGAUAAAAAAUUCAAAUAUUCCAAUUGAAUUGCAAUGUGAAGAGACAGGGUAAGCAUGGGGCAUAGGAAGACCACAGGGCUAGAAGCAAGCAGGCUAGAUUGGGUGUUGCUUGGCUGAGUGGCUGUGCAUACUUCAUCAGAAUUAUCUGGAGCACAGUGGGAAUGUCCUUAAUUGAAAGCGGGCAGCUAGCAGCUAGUUGCAGGCCUAUGCUGCUUCUCUGGUUGCAGCAAUGGGGCAAACCAAUCUUUUUCUUAUCCUGUACCAGAUUACUUAGCAGUGACGUAUAUCACAUCAAGGUUCCACCUAGAACAAAUUUGCAUCAUCCCAACUCUAAAGAAUUAGAGUCAUUUUUGUCUCUGAUGUUUUCUAAAUUCUGAACUCUUUCUGUCCUUCCCUUGCUCCCCACCCAACCCCUUACAGGCCAGGCCCUAUCUUUGAAAACCCUAGCAGCUCAUCUUCUUCUUCCCUAGAGUGAGCAUCAACCAGGCUUGUGAUUUAGCCUUGGUUUCUGCAGAAGGAAGCAAGUGUGUUCUCCAAGCCACCUAUCAGUCUCUUUCCAGCUCCGUGGACCAAGUGAUUAGCUCCUCAUUAAUGCCUUGUCUUUUGCUUUUGCACAAGACUCUGGGACAGCAAGCUUAUUAUAAUGUCUAUAUUUUUGAAGUUAUUUCAUCCUUUUGGCUUGGUUAGGAAAGGCAAGCCUUUCUGCAAGCAUUUUUCUUCAAAUUUCUCUCUCUUGUUUUCUGGCUGUUGAAUAUUCUGAUAAAUGGCAAACCAGGGGUUUCAUUUUUUCUAGGUUCCCACAAGUGUGGGUCUAUUAUAUUUCUGUGGAUUAAGAGCUCCACAUGUCAGCCAAGUGGUUAUCUAUUUAACGGGGUGAAUAUAAUACUGACAAUCUUAAUAGGGGGGAAUUUUUUUUCAAUUAGAUGAGAUAUUUUCUGUGAUAGUACCAGAAAGUUUUAUACCUUAAGAAGAGAAUUGAGCCUAAAUUGCUAGGGAACAAAGAGGUAGAGGACAACACCAGAGGAGCUGGGAGAUAUGACCUUUUGUUCCCCUAAUCCUUAUGCAUCAAUUGAUGUUUCAAUUCUGCCCCUUCAAUGUCUCUGGAAAACACAAAUCAUAUUUAUUUUUCAAAACAUAUUCACCAUAACUGACCCAACCCUUAUUUUUGAAAAUUCCAUUUUUCCCUUGUAACUCUGGGGAAGUUUAAUAUUAUUUCUUUUUCUUGUCCCUACUAAUUUUUUCAAUGAAAUUUAUAUUUUUUCCACUUUUGUUUCCUUAGUAAAGACUUGGGGGUCUAUUGGAAAUGGUGUCUGUGAUUACACAACAGAUUGAAAGUGGUGGAGUAGGUAAUGGGAUUAGCAGACAGACAUCUUUUAAGUUCCUAUUUCUUUCUGAGUGAUGGUGAAAAUAUCCUGUCUCCUCCAUGCCUCAGUUUCUUAAUCUACAAAAAAGCAGCACUAAUAAACUCCUGCCUAUCACAGAGGGUUAUUAUGAGCCCUAGAUGAGAUCCUGGCUGUUAUGGUGCUCUGUGACACCAUGUGAGCUGUCCAUAGACAGAGCUUGCCCCUCAGGUGGUAAGUGUGGCCCAGUCCUGCUGGGUGUUGAGCUCAGAGCCACUUUUGACAUGUGCUGUGCAUUGAGGUGCACCCUCCUGAAGUCCCUCCUGGCAUCUGGUUUGUAAAGGUUUUGUCAUUAGCAUUUUCCCCUUUGAAUUACUACUGAGCAUCUAGUGACGGAAAAUGUCUUAAAAAAAAAAAGUUCAAGUAGACAGUAGAUAUUUUAUUCAUUUGUCUCUUAUUUAAAAGGAACUGUUGGUAGAUCUUUAUUUUCAAACAUUUUGUAGUAAAAUUGCACUUCUUCUUCUUGUUAACUCCUUAACACUUGUUUUUGCUUUUUUGAGGUUCUGUAGAUUUUGACAUAAUGCUUUGUAGUAUAUGAUUGUAUGAAGCUUCCUCUAUAAAUUAAAUGGUGAGGCUAAUCUGGAGUGAUAAUGACUUUGAGACAUUCUAAGACCAGUGGCUCAUACAUGGGAGAAGGAUCUUAAGUGGAAAGAAUUGCUCCAGCGAAGACCUAAUGCUAGACCACACUUCUAAUAGUCUGAGCACAACAAAUAGGUGUGAGUAGGAUUCUGCAGAAGAACAUGUCUGUCUGAAAAUAAAACCCUUGGUAACGAAUCCUGAGGCUGGAUUGCCAAGGUUAUAGCAGUGAUGUCAUUCACAGACCCUAAAAACAUCCUAGGUGUUUGUGACUCCACCUACUAUUUUAAAUACCUUACAACGGUAUCUACUUGGCAAGUUAAAAUCUUUCAAAUGCUAUUUACCUUCAAGUAGCCAUCAGGUAAUGUAUCUGAAAAAAAUGCUAUGCAUAUCUUUUUCUUUCCUUAAAAAAUUUUGACCUCUCAGAGAGAAUUCAGAAUAAAACUGAGUAUCCAAAAUCCUGAGACAGUCAUAAAUGUUUCACUCAAGUUCCUACUCUCUCAGCUUCUUGUUUCUCUUUCUACCUUGGACUCCAUGUUUGGUUUUCUUAGAUAGGAAAGUAACACUACUGUUCCGAAUUUUCCUCUGCAGUUAGUAGUCCAGCAGGCAGAAAGUAUUCCAACUUCCUUUGAAAUGAGAAUCCAAAUUGGGUUAUGUUUUAAAAUUAUGUGUGAGAUUGGAGAAGGGAAGCCAGUCAGGGUGAUGCUUCAUAAUUCAUUCUGAUAAUCUUGAGGAGAUGAGCUUCUUCAGAGCAGUGUGAAGGCCUGCCCUGAACAAACUGUUUCACUGUGUAACUUCCAAGAGACAAGACUGAUUAGGUAAGGAUCCCAGAGGUAUCAUUUGAGUAAUAGCCCACUGGAUAUGGAAAUUUUGAUCUAAUAUUUUGUAGGAACAAUGAGAACCUAUUUCAAUGUUGUUUUCUCUCCCAUCUCUGAAAGUGUAGCCUUUUGUUGGGGGUACUGGGAUAUUUCCUUUCCAAAGUUAAAGAAGAUUGAUUAUUGUUCACAUCUAAAAGCAAAAUCUCCCCUAAGCCCACUGGAGCUGAAGGCAACCCCAAAUUGACCUGUGUUAUUUUUCUGAUACCCUACAGCAUCAGAUACCCUUUUGAUUAUGUGUAUGGACCACAGUGGGUUACCUCAAGGGAAUUCUUGAAUAAAAAUGAAGAGAAAGCAAGUUAGGGCAAGAAAAUUCUCACUUUGAAUGUGAGAAGAAACAGCAAUGCUGUUCUCUUUUCAGGAAAGAAUCAUGUUCUUUUUCAAGAUGAUUUCACUUCUUGAGUGGUGUGUGUGUGUGUGUGUGUGUGUGUAUGUGAGAGAGAGAGAGAGAGAGAGAGAGAGAGAGAGAGAGAGAGAGAGAGAGAGAGAAAGAGAGAGAGAGAGAAAGAAAGAUGGGGGAGAGAGAGGAGUUUGGAAGUAGGAAGUAAUUGUUGAUGAAUUUAGACUUUCUCUUGAGCACAGUAAAACUCUACUCAGUUUCUCUGAAAUUAUGAUUGGAGAGGAAUUCAGAGGCCCAUGUUUCACUUAAAGGAGAAGUUUUAUAUAAAUAUUUCCUUCAGAAACAUUUAGUCAUAGUGAAUCAAAUCAAUUCUUUAUUUGCAAUUGGUAUCAAAGAAACAAAAUCAGUAGGUUGUGUCUGUAGAUCCUAAUUCUGUAUCAGUUUAUUGGCUUCCUUUCUAAGGGUACAGUGUUCUUGAUUUGUAUGAUGGAAUAUGCCAAUAAGGUUUAAAGGGGAAUGUAGUUUGAGUGAGUUACCCCAUCAGAAUUUUGGCAGUGCGUUAAUUUGGUCCCACAGGAAUAGCUUCAGGGCUAUUUUUGUUUGAGAUGGCACAAAAACUAGACUUUGGGACCAUGUUUGGAUGCCUGUCACUAAAAAUCAGCCUCUUUUGAAAGACUUUUCUGUUCAAUAGGCAGUUUCAUGCUUUGCCCAUCCCAGAGUGUAAAUUCUGCAGUGAUUCCUGUUUAUCUGUCUUCAGCACCAGGGACAGCAAACAACCCCUUAGUUCAAUCAAGACCUUCUAUCUUGAUGGAAUUUCCAGGGAAGGACAGAUUUUUCCUUUACUUCUUAUCCACUGAACCUCAAUUUGGAAGACUUUAUUCUUAAGUAUUUAAUCCCAAAUAUGGAAUAACUGUUUCUGUCAUGUUCUUGACCUGCUUUCAAACAGAGUUUGGACCAAUUUACUCCAGUGUCCUGACUUAGAGUAUUGAAAAGACACUUGGCUUGCAGUAGAGGGCACACAUUGGGAGAUGAUUUCCCUGCAAAAAAAUAAGUAACCCUUGAUUUGUAAAUUCCCAAAGAGAGAAUUGCUCAUUGAUGGUUACUUUUUAAAAAUAUGCAUAUUUCCCUCAUAAGUUCAUGUUUGAGUUGGUGUGCAUAUGGAAGUGUUAUUUCAUAGUGAUUGAGUAGAAGUUAGGAACUUUGAAGACAAAGAAGGACUCAGUGAUGUUGUUGUUAGAAAUUUUGGAAACUCAGGGAGGGACAUUGCUGUGAAUAUUAGAAUCCAGUUUUUAGCCCUGAGUGCUGUUUGGAAGCUGCUUCUGCCUUAAACAAUCACAGAAAGACUGGAAAUAGGGCCAUAUGCCUGUCAUCAGGACAGAAUAGAAAGGGUGCACUGGAAAAAGCAAGGCAGCAGAAGCACAUGUUGUCCCUUUGCUUUGUGAUUAGCCAGGUUUCAUAUACCACAAUGAAACAUAGAUGUUAUCUCAAGAGACAGCAUUGUCUUCUCUUGAUCAAUCAGCAGUACCCCACUCUGCACUGACUUAUUUCAGGAUGGGUCCAAUGCUUAGAAGUCAAGGGGGUCAUUGCAGAUUUCAUCUUAAAUGCUGCCUUAUACUUCACAUGUUAGAUAAACUCCAUUUUGGUGGAGGAUCUGACUGCUCCACCAUACCUUUUCUCUUACUUUCUUUUCUCCAUUUGGUGUUGCUCAUCAUAAUUCAUAAUAACCAGUGGUAGAAUGCUAUAAGGGAUUCCUUCUAAUAAUAAAUGAGGUAGUAGAAGCAGGCCAAAGUUACAUCUCAGAGGAGCAAGUUCAAUGAAACUGAUUUUUUUUUUUAACUUUGGAGUGGGUCUGAGGAGAAGCCCAUUUCCCUUGAUUCCUUAUCUUCUUGAACAAGCUUAAUUUGAUGUUCAUAUUUGCCAUGUGGAAAAGGGCAUGGCAUGAGUUUCUCCAUAUUAUUUGUGUGAGGAUGUCCCAUGGAAAGGGUAAAAAAUUCUCUACUGGAAUUUUUUGUCUUUUUGAAAUAAGGGAGUUAUGUUUUAUAUUUAAAUCAAGAACAAACCUAUUUGAGAAAGGAUAUGUAUAGAAAGAACCAACAGUUAUAAGAAAGCUUCAUAAAAGAGAAUUUUUCCAUAGAAUAGAUAGGAAGGAUUUGAAAACUCAUGUUGACUGGAACAAAUGAACUGCUAGGUAGUGCAAAGGUGGUCUGAAACUGGAGAUGGAGAGCAGGCACAUUUAGAAAUACAGGUGAUGCCAUUAGAAGCCUCAGGAGGGAACAUGCCAGAGAAUGAAAUCCUACAAAGGUUCUCAGUACUUUUUCUGGAAAAUUCCUAAAAAUUUCAAGGGCACUUCUAGCCCUCUGCCUCUUCAGAGGUGAGCUCAGUGCUACUUCUGGGUUCUUAAGGCAAAAGCCCUACAAACACCAAAGUCUUGUAUUUUCCACUCUUGGCCAGCACUGACUGUCCUGAGUGGGAUUUUUUCCCUUCCCUAAGUGAAAGGGACUUGUUUUCAGGAGAAGUGUCCUUUAAACAUCCAGCUAAAACUGGAAGUAAUUUUUUGCAUGAAUGGCUUUUUACAGCUAGGUCUAAAGCAGAACAAAACUUGUAUUAAACUAAGUGCUACUUUACAUAUCUUAUUUCAAGGGAAAUGAAGGAUUUAUUGCCGUGUAAAUGAUAUACACUGAUUUGUUUCCUACUGGACAUUACAUGUCCCUUUAUCUCUAGGCUGAUGUUGUGCAGCAAACUUUCAAUAUCUGGAAAAUCAGCUGGUACCUACUUCAGUGCAUUAGUAAGAUAUUAUGUUCUCAGAGAGGAAUUUUGCAAAUGAAGUUUGGGUGCUGUUGUAACUGAUUUCCAUGCCCUGUCCCUAAGCUUUCUGUACUAAAUAUCUGUAAAGUGAUUAUAUCUUGUCUGAUCCUAUGUGUCUGUGUGUAUUUCCCAAUGUUUGUGUAAAUAUAUUGGCAAUCUGAAGAGUUGGUUAGAUUAUGGCAACUGCUGAACAACAACGUGUGUGGCAUAUGGGACACAUGUGAUAUGUGCACACGCCUGUUCCUGGGCCAAGCUAAUCAAAUCCAUCUUGGCUUGGGGAAAGUUUAACAAUGGCUAUAGUAUUGCCAAGUCAUCAUUUAUUGGUGAAGACCGGGACAGAAGGAGAGUUGAGGUGUGUUCGACUAAACCUUGUGUCAUUUAUUUUAAUCUCAACUGACUAUUCUUCAGUUCUCUUUUAUAAUACAUAUCUUCCUUCAUGAUGCUUAUGUGUUUUAUUUCCCCCUAGGCCAUUGGAAAGUGCUUAUUAUGUUUGUUUCCCAUCAUUUUGAUCUCGAAGUUGUUAGUAUACAUAACUACUUUUUUAGUAAAAUUGGUUUAACUUAUAGUACUUCUUCCUUGAAGUACCACUUCUUCCAUUCCUUUCCUUUAUGACAAAUGAAUCAAUUGGUUGUGCUAACUUUGCAACCUGGCAAGUUUUGGAGAAUUAAACUAGUUAAAAUGAUGACUAUAUUUGCCUUUGGAAAUUAGGUUCAUGGCCUAAGUAAAACUUGUAUGGGAAGGUGUCCUUUAUGCCAAAAAAAAAAAAAAAAAAGGUAACUUGGUAAGAUGGCCCCAGGGUAGAGGGGAUGUGCUCUCAGUUGAUAUUAAAAAAUGUGUUUGAAAAGGCAAGUGCCCACCCUUUCUAUAUUUCCCCUCCCACCCUUCCUUCCUCCUCAACCUCAAAAGAAAACAGAAAAUUAUUUUUUUAAACUGUAUUAAUAAUUUAUGUUUAAUACAAAAGGAUGAUUUAAUGGUAUCACCAAAGGUCAUUUUUUCCAUUGUGCAUGUCCUUUACUCUCAGCCCCAUAGCCUCACACCAUUCUUCACCCUCACACUUUCAUCCCAAGGCAAACAUGUGUCUUCAUCUGAAUCUAUGGGUGUUGGAGUUAAAUGUGGGGGCAGAGAUUUAACACCUUGACACUAAUGAAAAUCAACCAUUCUCCACUUUCAAAUGGUCUAUUACUACAAGAUGGCAAACUCUUUUCUUGGUUUUUGUUUAAAAACAUUUUAUACAUAUAUAUGUAUAUAUGUGUGUGUAUGUAUGGACAUAUGUAUGUAUAUGCACAUGUACAUGUAUAUAUGUAUAUAUCCAUCUCCAAUAUAAAUAUAUCAUAUGUGAGAGUUGUAAAUACUCCUUCGUCACAUGUCUGUCUUCCUCAUAGUAUCAUAUCUUCAAUGUUAUGUUAACAACUCCAUUUAUUGAUUGAUGAAAUUGUGUGUAAACCUGUAUCCUCUGACAUAGUUUAUGUAGGGUCUCUUCUCAAAUAAAGUAUAA